GCACGGGGAGUGGGCUGGGCGUGGUCUGUGCGAGACCGGCAGCAUGGCAGCAGCACUCGCCGCCACCAACUUCGCGGGCCAGCGGCUGGCUGCACGCAGCAGCCCGGCAGCACGCACGUCGCGGAGGCUUCAUGUACAGUGCAGAACCAUGGAGGCUGGCGUUGGCGUGUGGGGCACAAAAGCGGGCAUGAUGCAGUUUUUCAAGGACGGCGCGUCGCUGCCGGCCACCGUCAUCGCGCUCGAGGGUGGCAACAUUGUGACCCAUGUCAAGACAGCAGAGAAGGACGGCUACACCGCUGUGCAGGUUGGCUACAAGACGUGCCGAGAGGACAAGAUCACAAAGCCCGAGCUGGGGCACCUGCAGAAGGCGGGCGCGCCGGCCAUGAAACACCUGCGGGAGUUCAAGGUCAAGGACGCCAGCGGCUAUGAGGCGGGGCAGCAGCUGAACCUGGUGGACAUGUUCAAGGCGGGUGACAUGGUGGACGUGGCUGGCACUACCAUUGGCAAGGGCUUCCAAGGCGGCAUCAAGCGUUGGGGUUUCGCACGCGGCAACAUGACGCACGGCUCCAAGUCCAAGCGCGAGCACGGCUCCACCGGCCCCGGCUCCUCCCCCGGCCGUGUGUUCCCGGGGCUCAAGGCCGCGGGGCAGAUGGGCAAUGUGCGCCGCAAGCUGAAGGCCGAGGUGCUGCUGGUGGAUGCGGAGAACUCGGCUAUUGUUGUCAAGGGGAGCGUCCCGGGCAAGCCGGGCAACGUGGUGGAGAUUGCCCCCGCCAAGGUGGUGGGCGUGAAUGUGUAGUGGUAAUUUUUUUUGAUGCUCUUGUGUCCCGAUGGAAGGCACUGACAGCCAGGAUAUCAAGAAUAAUGUUAGCCUGAUGAAUGC